GAGACUUGGCGAUACGUCUGCGAUUCGCUCUAUCGCAGCGCAUUGACGUCCCAGUCCUGUGGGUGACGCCAUAGACGAUCGCAGCUGCAUUUAGGUCUCGGAUCGCUCGCACCAUGAAAGCACCGGAACGGAUACCCAGAUUUGGAACGCGGAAGUUGAGUGAGUGCGGUUGUGUUCCGGGCCCAAGCAUCCUUCCGGAUCUGCCAAGACGGGAGAUUAGGCUGACAUUCCAGUCAACGAUUGUUCCGGAGUCUGCAGUCUUGGAUACAAGUCUGAAUCAGAAUGCGUCAUGGAAUCAGAAGUUGAACCAAGAACAUGCGCGUUCCAAAACGGUCACCCUGGAAGUUUGAACGGCUUUCGACUGCGCCGUGCGGCUAUCGCCGCAUUCAUGACAUAUCAUUCUCUAUCAUCACAGGUGGAACGUUUUGACCAGCAAAAUCACUCAGGUUGGUCACUAUUUCCAUUAUCCCGUAGGCGAAGGGACGCACGAGAUAUCAGAACCCUUCAGAUUCCGCUCUGCAUGGCAUUCUUAUGAAGACCGGAAGCGUGAGAUCCAGGAGCUUGGUUUUGUCCAUCGUAUGUCGCGCUGGGAAGUGACCAGUGGAGGCAUCUGCAGCAGCUCGAGAUUUGUCGAAGCGGACGCGGAACACUCCGAGAUUGAUCUCAUCAUCCAAACAACACCAUCAGCGCUCCCGCCCUCUGCAGCCUCCUUCGCUAUACACACAUCACUACUCCCCCACCCGGCACAUGGCUCGCUUCAGUCAAGAGAACCUCCGCAAUGACCUCCUCGCCGCUCUCCUCGAACUCGUCGGCACUACGCUGUUUCUGCUUCUGGGACUGGGCGGGAUUCAAGCUUCGACGCGUGAAACACUCGCAAGCCCGCACGGCGUGUCGGAUGUGCAGCAAGUGAUGUACGUGUCGACGUGCAUGGGCUUCUCGCUGGUGGUCUGUGCGUGGAUGUUCUUUCGGUAAUGCCUCUUCUGUCUGUCGCGCCCUCCCAUGUCCCCCCUUGCUCCUCGCGCGACUGAAUGCUCGUCUCAUCCUCGUCUUGCCCUGUGCAGUAUCACUGGAAGUCUCUUUAAUCCGUGUAUCACCGCAUCUCUAGUCAUGCUUGGCAUCCUACCUCUGUUCCGCGGCUUCUUGUACUGCAUCGCCCAGUUCGUUGGCUCCAUCGCCGCGGCAGCCAUCCUGCGAGGACUCACGGGCCCGCUCACCGUCAAGUCAGUCUCUGCGUCCCUCUCAAACCCCUGCAAACACCCUCAAUCACUCUAGCACCGUGCUCAACCCCGAAACGAGUCGCACCCAAGGCCUGAUCAUCGAAAUGUUCAUCACCUGCGCCCUGGUGAUCGCGGUCCUGAUGCUCGCUGCUGAGAAGCACCAGGCCACCGCGUUUGCCCCUGUGAGUCACCCUAGGCGUUCCGUCGCUUGUUCGUUCCUUGAAGCUGCGGGUGCAGGUCGGGAUUGGGCUGACCUUGUAUUCAUGCCACUUGUAUGCUGAUGAUGCGUCCGGUCGGGCUACCCGUGUCUCUAUUGAUGAUCCGGCAGGUUCGCUGUUAAUUACACGGGGGCCUCUAUGAACACCGCUCGCUCCUUCGGGCCUGCUGUUAUCUCCGGGUUCUCCUCGUCGGACCACUGGAUAGUAAGUGGUGGUAGUGGCGCUUACUGAUCGCCUGUCCCGAUGAGGCUGAUCUGUUCAAGUAUUGGGUCGGACCGUUCAUGGGCUCGGUGCUUGGGAGCGCUUUCUACGCAGCGUGCAAGCAGUAUGUUUAUGAUUCUGUCUGGCGAUUAGGAGGAGCCCCUCUGAACUGUACUCAAGCUACAAGUACUGGACGCUCAAUCCGCACCAGGACACGGACGACUACACGAAAUCGCCUGACAACCCAGUGAUCAUCGCGAAGGCGAUCAUCGAGGAGCGGAACCUCACUCUGAAUCCGCGCGUGAUCGUGAAUCAGAUAUCUGACCGUAUUCCCAAGUUGAGCAUUCCCUCGGGCAGUGGCUCCUCAAGAGGCAGAAGCAACUCGACUCUGGUCGAAGAAGGCGGCGUCCCGAAGACGUGAGCGUGCGUGGACUGAUGGAUGGGCUUGGAAGGAUUCGGCGGACUCGGUCAUUCUAUCUAUGUAGGUAGCCCAUGUGACAAGCAGUCAGUGGUAGCCUGACCGGAUUGUACUUGCUUGGCCUUGAUCGCUCUCUAAUCACACGCUCUCUCUGAUGAAUGGGGCCUGGCUCUCGUUCUGCGGCGGACCAUGUGUGUGCUGCACUGGCUGGCGGCGGAGACAAUGUACCUCGUUUGGGUGGUCCUGCAGCAACAGAUGCGCGCUCUAAUUAUAAAUGCUUGAUUCAUCGGGCCGCACAGCAGCAGAGCUAAUAAUGGCCAUGAGUUGCAUUGCAUGGUUUUCUCCCAUUUCAAGCGAGGUCAUUUGCCGGCAAAGUCGGCGCACUCUAGUAGUGGAUGUGAAGAGCCUGCUUUCGUCCGCUGCGGGGCCUGAAGGUGGCGAUUCCGGCUCGCGGACGCGGGUGGUUAUAAGCCAGCAGAGGCCCUGCAGAUCGCUAAGGCCUCCGAUGCAUCGUCGUCUCUUCUACUCUGCUACUGCGGCUCUGCUCGUCAGCGCUGUGCUCGCGCGGCCCAUGGCCAAUGAGACCGCGACGAAGACCACCCCACUCGCCGCCGCCGCCGCCGCGCCGCCCAACUGCUUCCCCGCGAUAGGAUUCAACAUGCCGGCGAGUGUGCCCAACUCUCUGAAAAACUGGUGGUGCGACUACGCCUCGGAAUACGCGUUUGUCGGGUUCAGCUACGAAGUCACCGCAUGCCAGGAUCGCGGGACGCUUGUGUCGGAGUUCACAGACAUUCGCCAGACGUUCAAUGGUCGAUACGUCCGGCUGUACGGCGCGUGCGAUCGGACUGGAUUCUACGACGAUGUGGUCGAGGCAGCAUGGGAGGCCGGAAUCGGCGUGCACGCUCUCAUCUGGUUUGGAUUUGACGGAGGAAACCAGUGGAAGACGCGCCGGACUGCACUGUUCAAGACCUUGCACUCGAACCCCAAGGCCAAAUUCGUGACCCGGGCACUGCAGUUCGGAAGCGAGCCGCUGUAUGAUGGGGUUCUGAGCGAGAGCGACCUCGCCAAUCAGGUUCUCGCAGCGAAGGCGAAUCUGUCCGGUCUCGGCAUCCCGGUGACGAUCUCGGAAAUGGCAUAUGGAUACCAGUCCAACGGUGGUGCCCAGGACGUGCUCGACGCGAUCGACAUCAUUGACGCCCACAUGCUUCCGUUUUUCUCUACCAAAGCCAGCACAGGAAGCAAGUCGUGGCCGAUUGUGCUCACGGAUCUCGAUUGGUUCGUCGCGAACGGGGAAGGGAAGAAGAUAUAUUUGACAGAGAACGGAUGGCCGUCAACGACAUACGACGGCGUGUCGCCCAACUCUCCUUCGGCCGUCGCGAACGUCCAAAGUGAACAGCAAUAUUACAAGGUUCUCGAUCAGCAUUGUUCGUACUUCAAGAACGUCCCCAACGGCGGUGGUUCCGUCGGUUGGUUCUGGCACAUAUACAGCGACGAUAUGGAGCCUGGCUACGGUCUGUACAACACCAACGGCAACCUCAAGUUCCCGUUCAGUCCCCAGACUUCUUGCUAAUUUAGAUGUUGAAUUGGCGGUGCAUCAUCUUUUAAUAGGGGUAUUUCGUUUCCAGGGUGGCUGCUCAUUGAAUCAUGACACUACUUUUAUUGGCAAUAUAUCUCAUUCCGAAUUGACUCGAAAUCAAAUACUGACCGUUGAGCAUUUUGCUGAAGAAGACCAACAGGAAUUCAGACCAUAGCGGGAUAGAACCUAGUCCACCACCGGCAAGAGCAGAAAAUAGAACAUCCAUGGAGAAAAUAGCUCUUGUGGAAAGGCUACACAGCUCGAGUCGAACCACCGACCUCCUGAUAGAGCAACUGGCUGAGAGCAGAGUGAUCCCAUCAUGUCGGCCGAUAAACAAGUGCGAACCCAUCUCUGACUGGUCUUCAUUGGCAGUGGGAGGUCUCGUCUCGAGGGAUCCAUUUCUGCACCCUGUCCAGGCGACAACACGUUUCUACUGCUCAUCCCUACUGCUCAUCCGCAAUGAGCUAUUCGCUCUGGGCAGCGUUCUUUUGAUACUUAGUUUUCUCAGAAGGUGCUCCUGCCGCAUCCUGCCCGUGGACGAGGAGUAGGGAUUUUUGUUGAAUUCCGAAGCCUGAUGGCUCGGCGUGUGAUUUUAAUUCAGAUAAGGCAGUAGUGGCUUGACCGUAUUGCGGCGCAACUCAUCGUUGUAUCCCUGCUUGUCCGUGCGUGUUUCAACGAAUGCAUCGGCAGUUCUACUCCCUCCACGGACAAGCCAGCUUCAUUGACACUCUGUUUAUAUGACUCUAUGUUUUAUGUAGGAUUCCUGUGCGUUAUUUCCACCCCGCGCUCAUUAGGAAUGAUUGUUGAGGAGGCGCAUGGGAUGCUGGGGGUCGAGAUCUGUUCGGGUUAUUCAUGCGAAUUCCACGACUCCAAACACAAGUCGGAGGGGUGCGGGCUAUCAUUCGGGUACGGGAUAUCUGUUACACUAAACG